CUUUCUCCUAGGACUGACAAGAGUGGAUCUCCCCUGCUUGCCAAGAACACACCAACAGCUGCAAAGGAUGCAUCUAACCCCCAGUCCAGAACCCCACUUUCAAGAAAAGCUGCAGAUGCAUCUGUGAAUGUCGUUAUUGAUCCUGUCCACCCCGUCGUCAGAUAUGGACAACCACUGGACCUGAACUGCACUACAGAUUGUCAAGAGAUCAGGGAUUUGGGCUUUGAGACAUCUCUGCCUCAUACUAAGGAAAAUGGAAGUAAAUGGAUUGCAAUUCAUUUUGUCAGUGUAACUGAAUGGGAGCUGUCACCGUUGUGUUAUGUGAACUGUAACUUAACAUCAGUGCAGCAGUUCCAAAGCAGAUCCCAAGUUCUUCUCUUUGCUCCUCCAGAAGCUGUGUUCAUUAAGCCUCUACCUGUAAUGGAAGUGAGCAAGCCAUAUGAUCUGAUCUGCACAGUUCCAGAUGUUCACCCAGUCAGUAACCUGACAGUGAAGCUGCUAAGGAGCAAUAUCACGUUUUAUGCGGCACCACAUUACAUCGGUCCUGCAGGACGAAAUAUACUUCAUGUGGUAUACUCUAUAAUUCCUGAAACAGCAGACAAUGGGAUGAAUUAUACCUGCCUAGCAGAACUCGACUUGCGCCCUCAUGGCGGCAUCUACAGUGCAUCAUCCACAGUGACACUGAAAACGUUUGCUUUUCCACAGAUACCUAAAAUAAUAGCCCCAAGUGUAGCUGAAGCCACUGAGGAGACUACUGUGAAAUGUGAGAUUCGUAAUGUCUUCCCACCAGAAAAUCUGAAAGUCAUUCUGAAAUAUGAAGAUGAGGAACUAAACUCCAAAAUUAUUAUCAGCGGUCACAAUGUGCUUGCAGAGGCCACACUUUCCUCAGCUGAAGAAGGCAGACAUAUGCUGACCUGUAAUGCAACUAUUGAGUACAAGAGCAAGAAUGUGUCAAGCUUUAUUCACAUAUAUGUACUGCCAGAACCUGUCAUCAACCUUUAUACAGUAGAAGCUGGAUCUGCUGCAAACAUUAGCUGCUCUGUGACUGGAGAAAAAAUCGACAGAGUUAAAAUAAAUCUUAUACAUAAUAAAGAACAUCUGGAGAUGGAUACACGUGGUUCAUAUAUUUUCAGAGCACAAAAGGAAGAUAACAAUAACCUCUACACCUGCGAAACUGAGCUAAAAGUUGAUGAGCAUACACUGAAGAAAAACAAAACUGGCAUUUUAAAUGUUCUGUAUGCUCCUGUCAUAAACAAAACUGUAACUAUGAUUACAGCAGUAAUAAACAGCAGUGCCAGCCUUACUUGUCAAGCCACUGGCAACCCAUCUCCCAGAAUAACAUGGGCCAGAGAUGAAAAUGAAGUCGCAGCAGCAGCAUCCUUGAUACUCAAUGACGUAAGCAAAAACGAUUCAGGAAUGUAUCAGUGCACAGCUACAAACAGCCAAGGGGAGGACAGCCAUAUGAUGAGCCUCGAUGUUGAGUAUCCACCUGAAAUGCCAACCAUUACAGUCACUUCCAGCGAAAAUACAAGAUCAAACAUUACAAUAGUGUGUUCUGCUGACAGUAUCCCAGCUGCAGUGUAUAAAUGGACGUACCCCCUGAGUCAUAAUGUGCAGGUUAAAUCAAACACUAUCCUAAUCACUGAACCCACUCACAUCAACAAUGGAGAAUAUUCGUGUGAAGCUGAAAACAAACAUGGCACACACAGAGCUGAGAUCAACCUUGAAAUUCCACGUAAUCGUCAAUGGAUCCUUGGAAUCUGUAUUGCAGCCGGAGUAGUAACUAUGGUGAUAUUACUCCUAAUGGCCCUUGUGAAGAACCUAAUAAAAUAAGGAUUCAUUUGUAAUUAUGUGCCAUCCAAAAACAAUAUCAAAAUGCUGGCCUCUCUAGAAAAGCCGAAAAAGGGCAUGUGCAAUAUAUCUUUUUUGGUAUGGCAAAAAGCGAGAAAAUGAUUUGAAGAAAAUCCACUAGAGCUGUGUUUCCAUUUUCUUUAUAAUAAAUCAAGGAGGCCACUGCUGCUAAAAUGUGGACACAAGCAAAACAGGGGAUUGUUUGAAGACCGUAACAUCAUGAUAACUCAAGCAGAUUCAAAAUGGAAAUGUGCAGCCCUGAUACAAGUAUAUCAUUUCCUCCAGAAGAUUCCCUAUCACCGUACAAGUUUCAGUCUGAAAAUGAAAAUGUGUAAUGCCGCAUGCUGAAGAAUAACAGCUCAGACACACAACAGUAAAAUAAUUACUGCCUGAAAUUGAAAACACUUUAUUUUACUUUUCCUUUGGGAAAGGGGCUAGCACAGAACGUACCAUUUGAUAUCAGUGAAUUCUGAAUAACUGUCUUAGCUUCUUUUUAUUCUUAUUUUAUAACAGAUUGCAAAACAGGCAGAUUGUAUUAAACUAUUGGAAAUCUCAGUCUGAUGAUCGAAGAAUUGUAUUAGUAAGUCUGACACCUUUUGUUGAAGUUACUCUCAUUUUUAAUACAAAAAGACCAGUUCCGUUCCACCUUGCAUAUAAAACAUGAAAAAGUAAUUUAGUUAACAUCAUAUUUAUUACAAUGAGUAACAGUUUUAUAACAGUAUGGAAAAAUAAGAAGGCUAGUCACAAAAUAUAAACAUUUGGUUAGAUUUAAUUAAUUUCAUAAACAUGUAAGCAGUAAACGGGUUCUUCCGGGACCCUUUUCAGCCAUGACCUGAGCCACAAGCACAAUGGUAAAUAUAAUAUACGUAUAACGAAUAUGUGAACAUUUGGUGUUGUCAAUCAACCUGAAUGUUUUCUGGGAGGUAGGAUGAAAAAGCUUUUGCAGACAUGGAGAGAAUAUACAAAAUUCUUUACUAGCAGUAACCAGAGGUCAAGGUUGAAUGCUAGACCCUUACGCUAUGAGGCGAAGAUGUUGCCAUGAAGUCACUGUGUUACUCAUUUCAAGUGCCAAUGGAAGUAUUAGGAACAUAGGAACAAUAUUAGGCCAGCAAUCACUGGGACCGUAUGAUGCCUAGCCAUAUGUACCUUUCAGCAGAAACCCUUAAAAGUUCUUGCCACCUUCUUAAAACACUGAAUAUAGCCUAUCUGCCACAUAGGAGUGUACUUGAUAACCCUGGUGUAAAUUUGCAUCUGCCUAUCCAGUCAUCGUAUUUAAGGUAGCAAAUUUACCACUUGACAUGUAGUAGUAACUUAUUCCAUAGGCUGGAAAUAUGUUGAAUUUGGAACCUAUCCCGCUAGCAAGUCUUUUUUUAUUUGUUGGUAUAGAUUUAGGUCCCUAAUGUGGCUUUUUAUAGACUCAUUGGUUUUGUUAAUAAGUAACAGGCAAAACAAGAUUGGCCUUUUAUUCCUUGCAAAGCAAGACACAGGUCAACUUGGAGUAGCUGGUAGACUGCUAAGUACAUGGAGAGACUUGCUAAUCUGUCAGGACAGUUGAAGGAUUUAAGGCCUAGAAAGUUUUGGCACCUUUCUGGUUGAGAGAUGUGCUUGGAUUAGUACAUACCAAAAGGGGCGAUGUACCGAAAGAUGGGUCUGAUAAGGGAAGAAUACAGUGGCAUGAUGCCUUUGUUGGAUCUUGAAGACAUUCCUUUGGAAAUUAACUUGGCCAGAUAUUACAAUUUUGUGACUAUGUUAGAAACAUGAUAAUCAAAUAAGAGAGAGAGAGAGUGUUGACCAUGUGUGUCUGAAGAGGUGUGCCACUUAUAACAUGUGAGAUAGGAGCAGCAUUUUUGAUAAAUGCUACUCCUCUGCACAUUUUCUGUAUUUAGCUUGAGACCAUUUUCAGUAAACUAGGCAAUGUACAUAUCCCAGCCCUUGUUAGAGCUGUUCAGUAUCAGUGGAUGACUUGAUAACAGUGCCCAGUUUGUAGUCACCAGCAAAUGUGGUCAGCCAUGCUUUUGGGAUAUUGACUUUUAUGUUUGCAAAAUAAAUGCUAAACAGGAAACAGCCAAGCACUGAUCCUUCUGGCACCUUACUAGUUAGAAUUUUAUGUUCAGAGAGGGAAGCAGCAUCUUUCACAACAUGGGAUAUGUUAGACGGCCAAUUUGCAGUCUAACAAACAAUAUAAGGGUUUUCAAUAAAUUUGUCAAAUUUUUUAAUAAUACCAGCAUGGGGAAUAGUAUCAAAAGCCUUAGUCAGGUCAAGAUAAGCAGCUUGCAUGGAGCCACCACUGUCCUCAGCCUAUGCAACUAUUACAAAAAGCUUACUAGGCUCUGGAGACAGGACCUGCCCCUUACAAUACCAGACUUAUAUUAAUUAAGGUGCCUAUGUCCACCUUCAUGAGUUCUGCCAUGAUGUGGUCCAUAGUUUUGCAUAUUAGGUUGGUGAGACAUAUAGGCCUGGGUCUGUAGAAGGGCCACCCUUGUGUAUGGAGAUUCACAGUGCUUGCUCUCCAUGGCAGUACCAGGCACAAAUUCAGUGAACAGGCUGAGGCUGAAGAGACCAAGAAGACCCUUGGAGAGUGUGUACAUGGCACUGAUAAUCAUGUAGUUUCUUAUGUCAUCCAGUCUCAUGGAAAUAUUAUUUUUAGCCUUUGGCAGGUAUUCUGAAACUUGUUCUAAAGUAAUUUUAGGGAAAGAUAAAUGUUUAUAGAUGGUGAGGGCAACAAUAUGAGUACACAGGGUAAAGUUAGCAUUACAUUUGUCCAUUAACACCUUGGCUAUGUCCUUGGAAUCAGAAUGGAAAUGGUCAUUCCUGAUAAGGACACUACCUCAAUAAACAAAUAAUAAAAUAAAAUAAAUAUUAUACGAACUCUGUGUAUUGCUGUACACUAUUUUUUAAUUUCCUAACAUAAUUGAAGAAGGAUUUGUACUUUCACUUGGUAUCUGUAGUGGCCUUAAGCUUAUACUGAGCUUUUUUUUCCAAUAGUACUCUUGACUACCUUUCUAGCUUGUUUCAUGUGGUCCUCAGGUAGGAGGGUGGGGAUUUCUUACAACUUUUCAUUAUUUUAUUUCUCUUGUUAUAUAGUUUAUUAAUAAGGGAGUUUCACCAGAGAGGUUUAUUACUGAAUUUGCCAUUAUAAUUCAGGUAAAUGGGUACUGACUUUAGUAUGCAUGUGUUUAGAUGCUAGUAAAAGUUGGAGACAAAUGCAGUUGCCCUCUCAGCUGGGUCCAUUUGCAGGAGAUUGUUGGGAAUUUUGCAUAGGUCUUCUACAGGUUGAAGUUGGUUUGCUAUGGGCAAAGUCCCACAAGGACGACUUAAUUUGGUGAGGAGGUAGUACCACUAGGUAUGACAGAGAAGGUGACUAAUAUGAGGUCUGUUUUAAUCAGGGAUGAUGAGAUGCAGGCCAGAGUACAGGCGGACUCUAAGUUGGAAGAAGGUUAGGCUAUCAGACCUUCUAAUGGGUAGGUUUAUAAUUUGCUCCAGAGCAAUGAUAUUAACAAAGUCCAGGAAACACUAAGCAUAGGUAGGUAGGUACUAGGCUAUUGGCCCAAGGGC